AGAGAUAGAAAAAGAAGGAAUCAAAUAUGUCAAACUUUCCUGCAAAGGUCACGGUGAAUGCCCCACAGCAGAGGCCACAGAGAUGUUCAUCAGGCUGUGCGAGCACUUCAUAGAGAAGACGCCCACAGAGCUCAUCGGCGUUCACUGCACGCAUGGCUUCAACCGCACCGGCUUUUUAGUAUGUGCCUACCUGGUGGAGAAAAUGGACUGGAGUAUCGAGGCCUCUGUGGCAGCGUUCGCUCAGGCUCGGCCCCCGGGAAUCUAUAAAGCUGACUAUCUGAAGGAGCUCUUCCGCCGCUACGGGGAUGUGGAGGACGCGCCACCCGCCCCUGCUCUCCCCGAAUGGUGCUUCGGUGAUGAGGAGGAUGAAGAUGUGGAUGAUGAUGAUGGGAAUGCAAUCGCUCAGGGCUCCGAGCCCAGCUCCUCUCACUCCAGUCAGGGCAAGAAGAAGAAAGAACGACUAAAACUGAACGCUAUGUUUCUGGAGGGAGUGUCUGUCAAAGGAGUCACUCAAGUCACGUCACAGCCCAAGCUCGGCAUGAUCCAGAGGAAAUGUCAAGAGUUCUCUGAGUGGGACAAAUCGGGGUUUCCUGGUGCUCAGCCCGUAUCGAUGGACCGCAGGAACAUUCGUCUGUUGGAGCAGAACGUUUAUAAAGUCAGCUGGAAAGCAGACGGCACGCGGUACAUGAUGUUGAUAGAUGCAAAAGAUGAAGUCCAUAUGAUUGACAGAGACAAUUCGAUCUUUCACAUAGCCAACCUGGAGUUUCCUUUCCGGAAGGAUCUUCGCACCCAUCUUUCCAACACGCUUCUGGAUGGGGAGAUGAUUGUCGACAAAGUGAACGGCCAGCCCGUCCCGCGGUAUCUCAUCUACGACAUCAUUAAAUUUAACGUGAGUGCCUUUCAGUAA